UUGCCCUCAAACACCUUAUCCACAAGAUGAUUAUCCACAGGAUAAUUUAGAAAAACGUUUUCAUAAAAAACAAAAACAGAAAAAACAGAAAAAACCAAAACAUGAAGAACAUAAAACUGUUCCUUGUAAAACUGCUACUUGUACCCUUACAAAAACUGCAUGCGUUACUCCAACGCCUAUAU